GAAAAAUAAAAAUCAACGGUGGAAUAAGUUUAAUCUCGGACAGCCCUUCGAUGCAACAGUCACGUCUUUAAAAAAAAAUCUUGCGCAGAUCCGCGACCGAUCCAUUUGUGCCAAAAAUAUGCUGUUACAAAAGUUACCCAAAACUCGGUUGUUCUCGAGCUUUCAGUGGCAGGCUUGUACUUGUGUAAUUCGCAAUGCGUCACGGUUACAAAUCCCACAAACAAGACAAAGGAAACGACGAUGGACACCGGAGGAAAGUAAUAAACUCAUUCAGUUGGUGAAUGAGAAAGGAAAGGCCUGGAGUCUGCUCAGUAAAGAAUUUCCCGAUCGAUUACCGUCUUCGCUUUUAACGCAUUAUAGGCUACUAGCUGAGCGAGGAUUUGAUGUCAAUAAGAAGCCAGAGAGGAAGUUACCAGUAGGAAAUUGGAGUGAUGCAGAUACGGAGAAGCUCAGACGCCUGAUAUUACUUCACGGUUGUGAUUGGGAUAUUGUGGAAGAGAAUUUUCCAAAUCGGACGAGAAAGCAAUGCCAAAGACGAUGGCAGCAAAUGAAAUUGGAAGAGGCAGAUCUUUCGAGUUACACACCGGAAGAAAACCGAAGUAUUAUCGAUGCGGUAGCAAAAUAUGGUACUCAGGAUUUUGGCAAAAUUCGUGAAGUCACCAAUAAUUGGCGAACGGCCUCUCAGCUGGAGCAGCACUAUUUUAACGAGCUGGACCCCGCCCUGAAUGACUCGCCGUGGACCGAUGAGGAGGCUUGGAACGUGUAUUAUCUUUGCAAUGAGCUAGAUGGCGAAAUGGUUCGGGUACAAAGUCGGCUACGCAAAAGGAGAUCGCUAAGGGCCAUGUGGGAGCAAUUUGCGCGUAUACAAGAACUGGUGACUGCAACGAAUCAAGCGAAGAAGGAAGACAAGAAAUAACGACAGAAUAUGUGUAAAUAUUAUUCAUUAUUGUUACUUUAUUUGGGUUGGAGUUCAAGGUAUUCGGCCACAAAACUGCGGAAAAUGAUGGCAAGGUUAUUGACGGUGGGUGCAUCGAUGCAUUCGGCAUUAUCCUAGAGAAAUACCAUAGAAUUGAGUUUAGAAUUCUCUUAAUACCAUUAUCUGUUGCAUCUUACUUCCUGUUUAUGCCACACAUCA